AUGUGGAUGUUUAUCGCAAUCCUGCUUUUGAUACAAGCAUCUGCAAACUCAGAGGAUAUCAUCAGGAAGAAGAAGGAUACAAAUCCAGAGACAUUCAUGAAUGUUAGUCAAAUGAUCUGCUACAGAGGGUACCCCAGUGAGGAAUAUGAAGUUCUGACUCGCGAUGGUUAUUAUGUAAGACUGAACAGAAUUCCUCAUGGGAGAGAAAAUCCUAGAAACAGAGCCCCCAAACCAGCUGUGUUUCUUCAGCAUGGGUUACUUGGAGAAGGCAGCAACUGGGUUGAAAAUAUGGCAAACAACAGCCUUGGCUUCAUACUAGCAGAUUCUGGCUAUGAUGUCUGGCUAGGAAACAGUCGUGGGACCACGUCAUCCCGAAGACACAAGUACCUUUCAGCUGACCAGGAAGAAUUCUGGGAUUUCAGUUUUCAUGAAAUGGCUAUGUAUGAUCUCCCAGCAAUGAUCGACUUUGUUCUGCAGAAGACUGGACAGAAGCAAAUAUAUUACGUCGGCUAUUCACAGGGCUCCACUAUCGCAUUCAUAGCAUUUUCAUCCAUGCCAGAAUUGGCACAGAAAAUCAAAAUAUUUUUUGCCCUGGCUCCUGUAACGACGAUUAAGUAUGCCAAAAGUCCUAUCAUGAGAAUGUCAUUGCUUCUUGACAGACAGUACAAGACAUUUAAGCUUCUGUUUGGCAAAACAGAUAUCUCCUUGCGAAUAAGAAAGAUGUGGAAAUUUCUUCCUGAACUGUGUAGAUACACGUUCUUUCACAAGUCCUGUGCUAACAUGUUUUUCCUUCUGGGUGGCUACAAUGAAAAGAAUCUCAAUAUGAGCCGAUUGGAUGUGUAUACAGCCCACUAUCCUGAUGGGACAUCUGUUAAAAAUAUGAUGCACUGGGCCCAGGCCAUUAAAUCGGGAGGUUUCAAAGCUUUUGACUACGGCAGUGGAAACCAAGCCAUGUACCACCAGGAGACACCUCCUUCCUACAGGAUUGAAGAGAUGCCUGUGCCAACCGCGGUGUGGUCUGGGGGUGAGGACUGGGCAGCUGAUUGGAGAGAUGCCAGCCUGCUGCUGCCUCGCAUCGCCAACAUUGUUUACUACAGGAACAUCACUGACUGGAACCACUGGGACUUCAUAUGGGGGAUGGAUGCCCCUGAACGCCUCUACAGCAAAAUCAUUGAGCUGAUGGAGAUGUCCCAGUAA